AUGGCGUACAUUACCGUUGCAGCAGCCACUCUUACGAGUGUGCCGCUUGACUUUAAAGGCAACCUUGCGCGUAUUCUAGAGAGUAUCAAAUUGGCCAAGGAGCAAGGUGCGAAAUUGCGUACUGGACCUGAGUUGGAAGUUCCUGGCUAUGGAUGCCUCGAUCAUCACCUCGAGGGUGACACAUUCCUCCACUCGUGGGAAGUCGUCGCCCAGAUCCUCAACGAACCCAUGAUCAAGGAUAUGCUCAUCGAUGUAGGCAUGGGAGUUCGCCACAGGAACGUUCGAUAUAACUGCCGCGUGCUUCUCACGUAUCAACAUAUAUACAUGAUUCGGCCCAAGAUGAGUCUUGCCAAUGACGGGCUGUACCGCGAGGCGAGGCAUUUCACUGCAUGGUCGAAGCCUCGGACUACUGAGACGUAUUACUUGGAGAAGGUUGUGAGGGACAUUACGGGGCAGAGAUCGGUGCCAAUUGGCGAUGUGGUUCUUUCGACAAUGGAUACUUCUGUUGGUUGUGAGACUUGCGAGGAACUUUUCACGCCUUCAAACCCGUCAACUUAUAUGGGCCUCAAUGGCGUCGAAGUCAUUCUUAACUCGAGCGCGUCACAUGCUGAACUGAGGAAGCUGAAUACAAGACUGAAUCUCAUUCAGAACUGCACUCGCAAAUUGGGCGGUUUGUACGUGUACGCAAACGCCACGGGUGUUGACGGCGAAGCAAGAAUGAUGUUUGACGGUUCAUCCAUGAUCCUCUGCAACGGCGCCGUCUUGGGCCAGUCCCCCCAAUUCUCACUCAAAGAAGUCGAAGUCCUCACCGCAACAAUCGACCUGGAAACCAUCCGCAGCCACAGAAGCAGUAUCUCGCGCAACGUCCAAGGCGCUGCUCAACCGGACUAUCCCCGCGUGGAGUGCGACCUCUACCUCAGCCGGCCCGCUGACGAAGUCUUCAUCUCGGAUACCCUCCACCUCUCUCGCGAAAUCCAGCUCAAUAUCCCGGACCCCAUGCAGGAGAUCUACAUGGCGGAAGCAGUCUUCCUGUGGCAGUAUCUCACGCGCUCCAACUUGGGAGGCUUCUUCAUCGCCCUCUCAGGGGGGCUUGAUAGUGCCAGUGUCUCUCUGUUUGUGUACGGCAUGGCCAAAGUGGUAUUGCAGUCUGUCAAGUCAGGCGAUGAGAGAACCUUGUCGGAGCUGCGUCGCAUCACGGGCGAAAAGGAUCUUGUCCCUGAGACGCCGCAGGAUAUCGUGUCGCGCCUCCUGCACACGUGUUACAUGGGGACAGUAAACAGCGGCGAGCACACGCGAUCAAGAGCAAAGAGACUGGCAGCAAGAAUCGGUGCGUUUCACUCAGAUGUCAAUAUUGACGAGACUGUCUCUGCGCACGAGGCGGUUAUCAAGCAGGCGAUGAAUUUUGAGCCCAAGUUUCAGGUGGAAGGGGGCUCUGUGGCAGAAAACCUGGCCAAACAGAAUAUUCAAGCUCGCAAUCGGAUGAUUGUUGCCUACGAGCUUGCGCAAUUGAGCACGACGGCCCGCAAGCUACCCAGGGCAGGCACCAGUCUUCUAGUUCUCUCCUCUGGUAAUGUCGACGAAGCUCUACGAGGAUACUUGACCAAAUACGACUGCAGUUCUGGAGACAUUGCCCCUCUUGGCAGCAUUUCCAAGUCCGAUGCCAAGUCGUUCCUCGCCUGGUGCCGCGACAAAUGGGACAUGCCCAUCAUCACAGAAUUCCUCGAAGCACGUCCCAGCGCAGAGCUCCUCCCCCUUUCUGCGGGUGAACAAGACGACGAAUCCGAGUCCGAAAUGGGCUUCACGUACGACGAAUUGAGCACAUUUGGCAUUCUCCGAAAGGUAUGA